AUGCCGCUUAUGCUGGUGCCCUACAACGAUGCCAUGCGUUUUGGCAUAGGAUAUAACUCCUACACCCAGACCAUGUGCAUCGAUUACGCGGUUGAAGUGUCAGAAGGGAACACAGUUGUUUCCGAGAACACUCCGCAGAAGGUUACCUACUCGGUCAAGGCUAUCGCACGGGCCUCUGAUUUGCUAGAUGAGAUGAAUAUAUCGAGAGCUGCUACCAUUCAAAACGGCAUGGUCGAAGUCCACGGCACCUCGAACGCCUUGGACAUUGCUGAGAUCGAAGACGCUGAUAUCACCUUGAUGAUAUCAGUGAAAGUCAUAAGCCAGACAACUAGUCUGGGAGCCUCCGCGCCGUUCAAACCAAUCCACAGUCUCCUCCCUGGUUCUACCGGCUUUACCGAGGCAUUUGGGGACUCUUAUAUAUCGGGCUUCAUCCGAGGUGGCUUUUUGACCAUCAUCAUUCCGUUCUCCUGCUCCAACCUAAGGAACAAAGAAGAGUUGAUCCGACGUGUCAAGCAGGCCUCAUCUAGUCAUAGUGCCGAGUUAGCUAAGAUUGCCAGAGAUCUCACCGACAUAUCGUCCUUGGACAGCGUUAAGGCUGUAAGACCUACCAUUUUGACAGGUGGUGGCCAGAUAGAUGUUGGAGAGGAGCCCUGUAAUAUAAACUACGCCUUGGGAAAGGCCAUGGAUUUCCCUGGCCAUGUCCGCCAAAACCCGCAGAGAACAUGGGCUAUACUAGCUAAGUACGAGGCCAAUCGUGGCUUUGUUGAGUGGUCCCCACGUCAGACAAUGUCUCCUACUGACUAUAGCGGCAUUGGCUCAUUCACUUCUGAACUCUUUGAUAGCUACGUGCAAUACAAGUGCCUGUCCAGGGAGGUUCAGCAUAUCAUUUCUCACCGAGAUCAGUAUGUCCAAGUCGACAAGCCUAGGGCUAUCCCGCUCGAUGUCCACACUCUCCAGGCCGUUGAAGACGCGCUGGCUAGUGAGAUGAACAAGAUAGUUGAAGUGGUAAACACCUUGGCACGCCAACCAGAACUUCUGCCGAAGAAAAGCUACCUCGAUUGGAAUGCCAACGACAAACUCGUGCAAAGGAUCAUCAACGAAGCCAUUCACCUAAAUGUAUCAGAGGAAGAAUCCCCGACACGAGACCAUGGUUCCCUGAACCGUUACUCUCCCAGCGAGACAAGUGGUGGCUUCGAGGAGAUUUAUACCCCUCAGACUUCAGAUGUGGACUCAGCUAGUCUCAUUAGGAGGCCUGCCAGGUUUUUGAACAAAUCAGAGCCUGUCAACGAUCUGAAGCUGCACAUGCUGAUCCCUCCUGGAGUUUGGGCUGAGUUGCUACCGAAGAGAACUGAAACUACCGCCAGCGACAUUGAAAAGAGCACCAAGGCUGAAACUGCGAUCAAGAAAAAGGUUAAAAGGUUUCAAAAACUGCAGAUUAUGGCUGCUGUUUGUGGAACUUACGAUAUUGCAUUGAAAUUGCAGCAAAAGAUGUUCUCUGGCCCAAAGAGUGAUAACUUGUUUUAUUUGGACACCGAAGUCAAAGAGCUCGAAACCGUAUUUUCAGGUGGAUACUUAACCCUCAGGAGAACUUGGAACCUUUCAGUUAUCUACAAGUACACCGACGGACCUAUAAGAGUUUGUUUUCUUGGUCAUGAUACCUGUUCAGCUGAGCAGCCAGAGCUAUUUAAGAUCACCAAAAAGUCGCAACACCAAAGAGUCAAAGGUGUUUGUUGCUCCAUGUGUGAUUUCCGGCUAUUCUGUGUGAUAUAUGGAGGAAAGAUCUAUCACACGCCAUGUGAACUCGAGCGAUUCAUUGAGAAUGCCGAUCACGGUAAUUCAGGGCUCUGGCCUUGCAUUCGGUUCAAUGGGGAGACUCUUGGAGAUGAUUAUCGGCACACGAAUGACGCAACCGGCGUCGUAUUCUAUGAAUACCUAAACGCGCCAGGGAUUCAGAGCGCUGUUACCUUGGGUAACAAGGGUUGCCUUUUGAAGAAUCAGCGACAACUUGCUGAUCUCGCUGAAGAGACUGGAAAUGAAGGCAUCGAACAUGGCAACAACGAAAUCGAACGGCAUACAGUCCAUUUGCAAAAAGAAACAUCGGUACCAAGUGAGUCAAGUCGAGUUCCUCUCUUUACGCUGUAA